CAACACUGGGUUUCUUAAAGUCGUCUUUGGGUCACCAAGAAAGUUAGCUAAACUCUCACACCUAAUUUAGCUUCAAUGAAAGGAGAACACGUUCUUUAUCUCUGGUUGAGGCAGGUUACCCUGUGUUCACGCUGGGCGGAAAAACGUUCACUGGUAGUCGCUGAGUAUACGUCUGCAUGAUACAAUGGCUGAAUCGAGCACCAUGUUGUCAGACAACUCUUCCAUCGGGGAUGCUGUGUCUAGUAGAGAAGGUGUUGAAUCCAUUGAGGAUGAGGGUCUGUACUACAUUCCUGAGAGGAGACCGUCUCUUGACCUUGGACCGUCUCCUAUGGACACCAGUCAAUGGCAUUUUGUGGAUCAGGCCUUGACUCCGGCUCAGAGCUAUGAAAAAUUGACUAGUGAAGAAGAACCAGAAGGCGUGGCGGGCGAGGAGGAGCCCUCUACAAGCGUCCGGCUGGAAAGAGUGGAUUCAUUUUCCAGCUGCUACUCCGUUGACAGCAAUGACUGUGAAAAGACGAUUCCUAAGAAAAAAAGCAAAGAGGACGUCACAGAGCCCUCGAACAAGCUGGAAUUAAUCCAAGAGCCAGAGGAAAUCAAGCAUCCAUCUUUGACCCUACAGUUCACUUUUAAGGCUUUGUGUGAGACCCUGCAGAAGCUGCACGAAGACGAUUUGAGGAUGUUCAAGUGGAAGCUGUGGACUCACUACCCGCAGCCUUUCAGCGCCUCUCAAAGCAUGGACAUCGUGGACCUUGUGGACCGACUGCUGGAGAGCUUCACCUGCGAAAUGUCUGUGCAGAUCACCAGAACCGUUCUCGUCGACAUCAGUAAAAAAAACGUCGCUGAGCAUCUGCGGAUGUUGUACAUCAAAAAUCAAAUACGUCAUGAAUUAUGUGAAUUGAUGAUACAGAAGUAUAGCGAAGUGACGAUCGCUGAAGGAGAAACGAUGCCACUGGAUGACAUCUAUGUAGACGUCUCUAUUUUGUCAUGUUUUGACAAUGGCCCAAAUAUUGAACAUGAGGUCCUUCAAAUAGCCAAGCCGUACACCAAGAAGAACCCAGGCAAACGGCAGUCGUUAGCAGAAACAGUCUCUCAGGAAUGGGUCACCAAGUCUUAUGCAAGGCAGGUGUAUCUCUAUGGACUGGCAGGAUCGGGGAAGUCCAUGUUUGUCAAAAAGCUUGCCCUUGACUGGGCUCGGGGGCGAUCACACCAGAAUUUCUCCUUUGUUUAUGUCAUAACAAUCAGAGAGAUAAAUGAGUAUUUAGAAACUAAGAUCUCUCUGAUGGAUAUAGUGAACAAACUGUACCCAAUGGCAGCCAGGAUAAAAUCAGAGGGCUUUAGGUAUGAAAACAAUGAAGCCUUAUUUAUCUUUGACGGUCUUGACGAGUACCCUGAGGAGUUUAACUUUAUGCGAACAGAGAUUCACUCUGAUGCCUCUUGUGCCAUGACCAUGAGGGUUCUCCUGGUGAACCUCCUCAGAGGCCGGUUUCUCAGCCGCUCCCGGUUCAUGAUAACGUCCCGGCCUCAUGCUGAUCGCUGCGCCCCGUGGGAUGGGCAUUAUGACGAGAUCGAAAUGGGCAGUUUCUCCGACGAGAACAAAGACGAGUAUUUCAGGAAGAGAUUUAAGGACCCAAAUCAGGCGACCCGUGUCAUCGAGCACGUCAAGUCGGUGAAAACUCUCCAUAUCAUGUGCUGCCUGCCCUUGUUCUGCACGUUGGUGGCAGACGAGUGCCAACGCGUCUUCAGAGAGUUGAGAACGGAAGAAAAACUCCCCACGAACAUUACGUACAUGUACACGAAGCUCCUGCUGAAGCUUCUUCACAUCCGUAGAAUGAGAGCUCCGGCUUUCAGUCCAGAGGAAGAGCUGAAGUUGCUCAUGGAUUUUGGGAAAUUUGCCUUUACCUUGCUGGAAAAGGGUCAGUUUCAUAUGAAGAGGACGAAAAGUCCUGAGAUCUCUUACGUUGAGGCAGUGAACAGAAGUGGCAUUUGCACGCAGUACACGAUAUCUCCAUUCGUCCUGAGCCAUGAUGACGUGGUGUGCUUUCUCCACCCCACCAUGCAGGAGUACAUGGCUGCUCUCUACGCAUACCUCUCCUUUAGGAACCACGACAAGAACAUUUUUGAUCAACCGGUGAAAUCCAAAUUCAGACUGAGCACCAAGGGACACAGAAUAAUGGAGCUGUACAAGGCCGCCGUGGAAAAAAAUCUGCAAUGCCCAGAUGGCAAAUUGGACAUGUUCUUGCGUUUCCUCUUUGGGAUGGGAUGCAAAACCAACCAAGAACUUCUCCUGCCAUUUCACAAGCCCUCUGCGAAGAUCCUAGACUUGGCUAAAGAGUGUGCCGCUCUCAUCAAAAAGAAACAAGGAUCUCAGCAUCCAGAUCGGAAUAAGAACUUGAACUGUUGCCUGGAGGAGUUGGAGAUGUCAACCUUUGACCUGGCUCCAAGUCAAAGUGAAUAAAAUGGCCGAUCACUACGCAAGAAAACAAAGUAGUGCACUUUAGUAUCAGAGAAAAGUUGCAUGCAUGGGUAAGGACAUCUUAGACUGGCAAUUUAUGUUUGAGUGGGAAGCCUAUUCAUAUAGUUUGGGAGCAUAUGAGGAAAAACUGCUAAUUUAUGUGAGACACUAUCAGGAUAUUGUCCAAGUGAUCAUAUCAUCAUGUUUUCUCCCAUCUUCAGUGGUUUCAGAAGCUUUAUGAUUUUUCCAACAUGUUAACAUGUUAUAACCCCAAACCCCAGUGCUUUUUGUUGGGAUUUUGUGUUAUACAACAACAAAACAGGAGUAACUGCGAGAGGAAAGGAAAUUGAUUAAUCAUUGUUGACCUGGUUUUUUUUUUAGAAAUAAUUUAAAACUCCCAGUUUCAUUUAGUGUUGGACUUUGAGCCAUUAUCAUUCAUUAAUAAGAUUUAAACCAACUCAUCCCAUCAUAGCCCCGUUUUUAUGAAAAAAAAAUAAAAAUAAAGUCACUUUCUAACCGGGGAAUUUCUGGAGGUGGGCUGAAUGCAAAUACGCACUUUCCAUAUUUAAAUUUUAUUUUUUUUAAUACUUUAGCUUCUCAGUUAUGCUGUCCUUAGUGUCUGUCACACAAAAUCCCAAUAAAAUGCAUCCAGGUUUCAGGUUGCAAUGUGACAAAAUGUGAUCAAGUUGAAGGUGAAAUAACAUGUUUUGCAAGGUGCUAUAUUGGAUUAAUCUGCAGAAACCCCCAGUAUUGCAGAGCAGAAAUUUCCAGUCCAAAUUAAGUCUAUCACUGUGAGUUUUCUCAUCUAAAGGCUGUGGCAGAGUUGUGCAUCCAAUGUGUCUUGCUGCCAUUUCUAGGUCUUCAGAUGCAUUAGUGUUUUGCUAGCUCUGCAAGAUCACAUAGGGAGUAAUUCUAAAAAUGGUAAACAACUCGAGUCACACAGGAAUGGAUUUUGGACACGAGUCUUGGAAUACAUCAGAAAGCCUGUUGUUAAAUUAAAGAUCAGAAUAUGUAAGAGUUUAGUUCUUCAGGCAAAAAAGUAUUUACAUUUUCUGAAACCUUGAUCUGGACAGUCUCUUAAGUUUUGAUUCUUCUUCUUUUUUCUUUUUUUUUCCUUUUUUUUAAUAUAAUUACCUGUUAGAUUAAAGAUUGACCUUGAAGGAGGAGCUCAUGAAAUGUAAUUAUUUGAAAAGGUUUUAAAGACUAAAGUGGAAUCUGGUGUUUUGGGGUAAUUUUGUCUUUUUGCCUCCCCUCUUCCUCUUUGCAUUAAGUAAUAAAAUGCUCCAUUAUUCCAUGUAUGUACACCUACUGUCUUAAAUUGUGUGUAUCCUUUGCUGUCUGAAAGUUCGUGUUUUAUUUAUAUAUAUAUUUGUGUUUGCAUGAAAGCAAUGAUACUGAAAAGAAAUUUUAUCUCAA